UUAAUUAUCGGGCAAAUGUUUUCGCUUUUACCAGUAGAGGGAGUGUGCAGUAAAAAAGCUUCUUAUGUCAAAUUUACUUGGUCAUCGUGGAAGUGUUCUUAUUUAUUUCUCUCCUUGAUGGGACAAUCUUUUAUCACGAUUAUGUGUAUCCAUCAAGCAACACAUUCUACGACGUCAUUAAAAGGCACAACACCAAUAAUCUUCUACGCUACGGCAUGCAUUACAAUGCUAACGUUUCUUCGCGUCGCAACUAUGUGGCCGGAACUCGUUCAUCACAUAGCUCGUGUUGAGGACUUAGACCCGAGCAGUGACAAGAGUCUCACCUACAAGUGUAACGCUACUUGUGCCGUUGUACUGACUUUAGCUUUAAUAGAACAUCUUCUGUCCUUAUUAUCUGCGACCACCGAGGCAUUUAUGUGUUACGAGCAUGAAUCUUCUUACAGGGGUUUUGUCAGACAUUUCUACCCGUGGGUGUUCAAUUAUUUACCAUAUUCUAUCUGGCUGGGAAUUUUUACACAGUUUCUCCACUUCCAGUCGACAUUCAUUUGGAACUUUUCGGACUUGUUUGUGAUUUGUAUGAGCUAUUACUUGACUUUUCGAUUAAAUCACGUAAAUAGGAAGUUGCUGACUGCCCAGGGAAAGUAUUUUCCAGAGACAUUCUGGCGAUCAAGUCGCGAGGACUACGGCCGCGCGGUGCAACUGGUCAGGAAAGUGGAUGACGCCAUUAGUGGAGUUAUUUUUAUAUCCUUCGCCAACAAUCUCUUCUUCAUCUGCUUGCAGUUGUUCAACACGUUGGAGGACGGGAUAAGCGGUGUGGGCGAAUGUUCAAGCAAAACUAAAGGGAAAAACAGUCUACUCAGAGGUUACGAAGCAGCUUUAUACUUUCUGUUCUCACUCACGUACCUCAUCACUCGAUCAGUUGCCGUGUCUCUGAUAGCAUCACAAGUGAACACAGCUUCCUCGGUUCCAGCUCCGGUUUUGUAUGAUGUGCCCUCACCAGUGUAUUGUAUUGAGGUUCAAAGGUUUCUGGAUCAAGUGAAUGGGGAUCAUGUCGCGCUGAGUGGUCUACAAUUUUUCAGCGUAACACGUGGAUUGCUCCUUACCGUUGCUGGUACCAUAGUGACAUACGAACUAGUGAUGUUUCAGUUCAACGCAUCUCAACCAUCUGCACCAACUAUGACAACAAUGUCUUACAACACAACUACUGCGUCGUCACUUUAA